AUGUCUUCCUACGACGGUUCGCGCUCUGCGCGCCAGUCGAAGCGCUAUUCUAUGUCGGCAUUGUAUAUGUCGAUUUCUGCCAAUGAAGGAGACCUCCAAAUCGAAGAUGAACUUGCCAAAGCUCAAAAGUCGUUGCGAGAUCUCAAAUCGAAAAUUUCAUCACAAUCCAAGAAGAACUUCGUCUUGGAGAAGGAUGUUCGGUACCUGGACUCCCGAAUCGCACUGCUUAUCCAGAACCGUAUGGCUUUGGAAGAGCAAAAUGAAGUCGCCAGCCAUCUUGAAGAUGCUCUUGAAAUGCAGCAGGGUGGUUUCCCAAACGACGAUAAGACGCAAAAAUACGGAAACCUUCUCUUUCUUCUGCAGUCUGAGCCUAGACAUAUUGCUCAUCUUUGCAGAUUGGUUUCCAUGUCCGAGAUUGACUCACUGCUUCAGACAGUCAUGUUCACCAUCUACGGAAACCAAUACGAGAGUCGUGAAGAACAUCUUCUUCUUACUAUGUUUCAGUCCGUUUUGACAUAUCAAUUCGACAACACUCCCGACUACUCCUCCUUGCUUCGCGCCAACACACCCGUUUCCCGAAUGAUGACAACAUACACUCGAAGAGGACCUGGUCAAAGUUUCCUCAAGUCGGUACUUGCUGAUAGAAUCAAUGGCUUGAUCGAAUUGAAGGAUCUUGAUCUCGAAAUCAACCCGCUCAAAGUUUAUGAGCGAAUGAUCGAACAGAUUGAGGAGGAUACUGGCCAACUGCCCCCUCAUCUUCCCAAGGGAAUCACGGGCGAGCAGGCUGCUGAGAACCCCCAGGUCCAGGCCAUCAUCGAGCCCCGCCUGACUAUGUUGACCGAGAUUGCUAAUGGCUUCUUGACCACCAUCAUCGAGGGCCUCGAGGAAGCGCCUUAUGGUAUCCGCUGGAUUUGCAAGCAGAUUAGGAGCUUGACUAAACGCAAGUAUCCUGAUGCUAAUGACCAGGUCAUCUGUACUUUAAUCGGCGGAUUCUUCUUCCUGCGCUUUAUCAACCCUGCGAUUGUUACUCCCAAGUCGUACAUGCUUAUCGAUGGAACCCCGGCCGAGCGACCUCGACGAACUCUGACUUAUAUCGCCAAGAUGCUUCAGAACCUUGCGAACAAGCCAUCAUACGCCAAGGAGCCGUACAUGGCUAAGCUCCAGCCGUUCAUCCACCAGAACAAGGACAGGAUCAACAAAUUCAUGAUUGAUCUUUGCGAAGUACAGGACUUCUACGAGAGUCUCGAGAUGGACAACUACGUCGCUCUUUCAAAGAAGGACCUCGAGCUUGAGAUCACUCUCAAUGAAGUUUAUGCCAUGCACUCGCUGAUCGACAAGCACCAUAGCGAACUGUGGAAGGAUGACAAUUCGCAUCUCGCCAUUAUCAUGUCGGAACUAGGAUCAUCACCUCCUCAGCUACCACGCAAAGAGAACAGAGUCAUCAACUUGCCCUUGUUCAGUCGUUGGGAAUCAGCCAUUGGUGAUCUUACGGCGGCUUUGGAUAUUACCCAAGAGGAAGUGUAUUUCAUGGAAGCCAAGUCGAUUUUCGUCCAAGUCAUGCGAUCGAUUCCAUCAACGAGUGGCGUAGCCAGGCGUCCGCUACGGCUGGAACGCAUUGCUGAUGCUGCAGCCACAAACCGCAGUGAUGCAGUGAUGGUGCGCAAGGGUAUCCGUGCCAUGGAAUUGCUUUCUCAGCUUCAGGAAAUGCAUGUUAUAGACAAAACCGACCAGUUUAGCCUCCUCCGCGACGAAGUUGAGCAAGAGCUUCAGCAUCUUGGCUCCCUGAAGGAAGGUGUGAUCGCGGAAACCUCGAAGUUGCAGGAGGUCUACAAGACCAUCCGUGACCACAACGUGUAUCUCAACGGACAGCUUGAGACUUACAAGAGCUACCUGCACAACGUCCGAUCACAAAGUGAGGGUACCAAGAGAAAGCAGCAGAAGCAGCAAGUUCUUGGUCCAUACAAGUUCACUCAUCAGCAACUCGAGAAGGAGGGUGUCAUUCAGAAGAGUAAUGUUCCCGAUAACAGACGGGCCAACAUCUACUUCAACUUCACUAGUCCAUUGCCGGGAACAUUUGUUAUCUCGUUGCACUACAAGGGCCGCAACAGAGGAUUGCUCGAGUUGGAUCUCAAGCUGGAUGAUUUGCUUGAAAUGCAGAAAGAUAACCAAGAUGACCUUGACCUGGAAUACGUGCAGUUCAACGUACCAAAGGUGUUGGCAUUGUUGAAAUAA